AUGGCAAACACGAAUGGCACAGAAGUUCCCUGGGACCAAAAACCCAAGUCAUACGGCUGGAAGACUACUAAUGAUCGCGGGUACACAAUCAAAGAGGACUGCUCAGGCCAACAUCGGCCCAUAAGGGUGAUUUGUGCUGGUGCCGGUGCCUCUGGGAUCUGUCUUGCAAAGUAUAUCCAGGACGAUGCACAAAAUGUGGAUCUGGUCAUAUACGAGAAAAAUGAGGAUAUCGGCGGGACUUGGCUAGAGAAUCGUUACCCAGGUGUGGCAUGUGACAUUCCCAGUGUCAUCUAUCAGUACAUCUGGAAUCCCGAAGUCUGGUCACACUACUAUUCUGGUGGAGCAGAAAUCCAACAGUACUUCAAGAACACCGUCAAGAAUUUUAAUCUCGCACAUUUCAUUAAGCUUCGACAUCGUGUCGAUCAUGCCGAAUGGCAAGAUGCCGACGGACGCUGGAGAAUCACAAUUACAGACCUUGCGACUGGGAAGCAGUUCGUCGAUGAAGCUGAAGUGUUCGUCAAUGCUAUGGGAUUCUUGAAUGCCUGGCACAUGCCAAACAUUGACGGCCUUAAAGACUUCAAGGGUGUCAUUGCUCACACAGCCAAUUACCCCGAGAACCUCACCCUUGAGAAGAAACGAGUUGCCGUUGUCGGCAACGGGUCGAGCGGAAUUCAAAUCGUUGCUGAGAUUCAGCCUUACGUGGAUCACCUGUACACUUGGAUCCGUUCGCCUACGUGGAUGACUCCCGGGUUCGCACAAAAGUGGGCUGGCAAGGACGGGGGCAACUUCAAGUACACAGAGGAACAAAAGGCCGUUAUGCGAGACGACAAGGAACAAUAUCUCAAAUAUCGCAAGAACGUGGAGACCGAGAUGGUCUCGAGAUUUGCAGGGUUCCAUCGAAACAGCCCGGAGUCCCGGGGAGCGGGAGACUACGCCCGAAAGCAGAUGGAAAAGAAGUUGGUCGGUGAUCAGAGUCUAGCAGAAGCUCUGAUCCCGAAGCAAUUUCCUGUUGGAUGCAAACGUCCUACUCCCGGGACAGGAUACAUUGAAGCUUUGAUUCAACCGAAUGUGACUACCUUCACUGGAGGCGGACUGGACCGCAUCACAGCCAAGGGAUUCUUGUCCCCUGACGGAACAGAGCACGAAGUGGACGUCAUAAUUUGCGCAACCGGCUUUGACACCUCCUGGGUCCCUCGUUUUCCGAUCAUUGCGAAUGGAGUGAAUUUGCAGGACCUAUAUCGAGAAAAGCCAGUUGGCUAUCUUGGUGUGGCAGCACCACAAAUGCCAAACUACAUGACAGUGUAUGGCCCCUAUGGACCGCUCGGGCAAGGAAGUGCUAUGCCAAUGAUCGAUGUCUUCAUCAAAUACAUCCUGCAGAUGAUUGAGCAUAUCCAACUCGAGGACGUCAAAAGCGUCACUCCGAAACAGACGGUCAUCGAUCAAUAUGCCGAGCAUGCAGAUCUAUUCAACGACAGGACCGUCUGGAAUGCGCCUUGCCGAAGCUGGUUCAAAGGCAACAGGAUCGAGGGCCGGAUUAUGCUACACCCUGGGACACGCAACCAGUACAUGAUGCUCAUGCAGAAAUGUCGAUUCCAGGAUUACGAUAUUGAGUACCGGUCACCGAAUAUGUGGAAUUGGCUAGGAAACGGCUACUCUGCUCGCGAUCUCAGCGGCCAAGAUCUUACUUGGUUCCUGGGCACAGUGGACGAUGAAGACCGACAGGAAGAGUGGGAUGUGCCAAGUUUUGCCCCUAUACCAGUGCCUGAAGCUGUAACUAAUUUGCCAGAUACUUGA